AGUCGUUGUAGGUGGCAGCACCGCGUCACGUGAAUUUUCAUGGCGUUGAAGGGCUAGUCCCGAAUUGUCUUGUGAUUUCGCCAAAUUAUUUGCUGUUUCCAAUAUUUAGUGUUAAACAGCAUUAAUUUAUAAGUUCCAGGUGAGUGUUGUGUUGUAACUGAGUGAAUAUCUCGUUUGAUGUUGCCGUUAAAUCCUUUUGCGCGGGACUGAAAGAUGUCAAAGUCGGUAGUGACGGAGUGUAAGGGGUGGUUUGGGGUGAUUUUCUUGGGUUAGCUCGCGCCUGGCGCCAGGAUGUCUGACCGCCGAGCGGGCGCCGUGGGACCGGGCUCGAUAUUGAUUGAGUGCACAAGCCCGUUGCGUCAGCGUUCUGGCUAAAAACACCAGACCGUCGGCUGCUUCCGCGGGCUCUGCACUGCAUAGUCGCAAUACAAAAUCGAUUUUUCGGUCAACGAAAAUGUUUUCAAGUGGAUCAAACAUUGGUGAAGAUGUCUGAAUACUGGGUGAUCAGUGCCCCGGGCGACAAGACCUGCCAGCAGACCUGGGACACCCUUAACAAUGCCACCAAGUCCGGCAAUCUCAGCGCCAACUACAAAUUUCCAAUCCCCGACCUGAAGGUGGGGACUCUGGAUCAGUUGGUGGGGCUGUCCGAUGACUUGGGUAAGCUCGAUACCUUUGUAGAAGGUGUUACAAGGAAGGUAGCGCAGUAUCUUGGUGAGGUACUAGAAGACCAACGCGAUAAGCUCCAUGAGAACCUUAUGGCCAACAACAGCGAUCUACCAUCGUAUCUAACUCGUUUCCAAUGGGACAUGGCGAAAUACCCCAUCAAGCAAAGCCUGCGUAACAUCGCUGAUAUCAUCAGUAAACAGGUGGGACAGAUCGAUGCGGACUUAAAACAGAAAUCGUCCGCCUACAACGCACUCAAGGGCAACUUACAGAACUUGGAGAAGAAACAAACUGGCAGUCUGUUGACCCGUAACCUGGCGGACUUGGUGAAGAAGGAACAUUUCAUCCUGGACAGCGAGUACCUCACCACACUGCUGGUGAUCGUGCCCAAGUCGAUGUUCAACGACUGGAACGCCAACUACGAGAAGAUCACCGACAUGAUCGUGCCUCGUUCCACGCAGCUCAUACACCAGGACGGCGACUACGGACUCUUUUCUGUCACCCUCUUCAAGAAGGUCGUCGAAGAGUUCAAGCUCCACGCACGUGAACGUAAGUUCGUCGUACGUGAGUUUUCGUACAACGAGGCCGACCUCGCCGCCGGCAAGAACGAGAUCACCAAACUUGUUACUGACAAGAAGAAGCAAUUUGGUCCGUUGGUGCGAUGGUUGAAGGUGAACUUCUCGGAAUGUUUCUGCGCCUGGAUCCACGUUAAGGCGCUCCGUGUCUUCGUCGAGUCGGUGCUGAGAUACGGGCUGCCGGUGAACUUCCAGGCGGUAGUGAUGGUCCCGUCCCGCAAGAACACGAAGAAGUUGCGCGAAGUGUUGCAGGCCCUCUACGCACACCUCGACCACUCCGCGCACCAACACACCUCCUCCGCACAGGACAACGCUGAGCUGGCCGGUCUCGGCUUCGGUUCCUCGGAGUACUACCCGUAUGUGUUCUACAAGAUUAACGUGGACAUGUUGGACAAGGCCUAACCAUGUCGCCACGAUGCGAACAACCCCUGUUAUAUUAGGUAAUGUUACCAGGUACUUUCUCCUGUGUCUGACCACGUAAUGGUCGCGCAAUACCAUGAACUAUCAUCGUACAAUUUAUUUUACUUAUAAAACAUAUCUAUACUAAAUUUAUCAUCGGCCCUUGAAGAAAAAAAAUCCAUAUUUUUCUAUAUGUACAGAUGUUUUUGACAUUAUUUUGUUUUGUGACAACUUUAAAAUCAUAUUAUUUCAUUUACACGCUGGUUGUUAAUAUAGAUGUUUGUGUAAUUUAUAUUAUUAUAUAUGUUAUUUAUAAACUAAGAUGCCAUUUUCGAAAAUUGAGAUGAUAAAAUAAAGAGAAUUUAAAAUUGUUGCAAUAAUUCUUGAUGGAGCUUAUAGCUUUUUGUUGAUGUUAAAAAAAACUGUUAAAAUAAUGAUUGAGUUCAGUAUUAUAUUGAGUUGCGUAGACGCAUACAAUGUAUAUGAAAGUAAAUAACAUCAGAUGCAAACUAUGUAAAUAA